GCUCAAUAUACACUCAACCACAACCUAUCCAUAACUCAUCAACAACUGUUCAUACUCUCUUUUCAUUCUUAUAUCUGCACACCCACAUCACGUCGCUACAAACAUGAUAUCUAACAAAACUGCUUUCCCUUUUCAUAUCAGCCAAAUAUUAUUCUACUUGUUCACAACGCUACUUAUCCUCGCAAUUACUAAAAAUCUUCUUAUCUACAAUGAAGCCUGUCAAAAUAAUCUUACAUCCCUCAGCAGCCACUUUAAAUCCCACUUUAUAAAUAAUCUAAGCAAAUUGUUCAGCUUCAAAACUAUAUCUCACAACCAUCCCAAGGAUUCAUCCAUCUUCUCAAAAGUCACCCAAAAACCUGAUAAUAACUUUGCUAUGGAAAUAGGUCAAAGCAGUUUAAUAUUAAUUGGCAUUAUGGUUGGAAUAACAACCCUAUUAAUCUAAUCUAAUUUAAUCUAAUCUAAUAUACACCUAUAUUUUUCAUAUAUACUUAAACAAUAAAAUAUUAAAAAAACUAAAAAACU